AUGUCCGCAAAUCCGUCGCCUCGCUCAGGAACGCCAAAUCCUGACGCACCUUCGCCGCGAAACUCGACGACAAACCUCACCGACCGCACUGUCCAGGACGCACCACUUGACAACACCUCGUCGAUCAACACCGCCAAUGCUUCCGCUGCGUUUGUCCCAGCAUGGCGCCGACCGACAUUACAAGACGACGGCCGACCAGGCAAUGCGCGAAGACCGAGUGUGCAGUUCGUACCCAAUCCGAAGGAACAAGGCUCAAGAUCAAGUAGCGCAAAGCCUCCGUCAACCCGACGAAGUUUGGGAGGAAGCACACUCACGUCUGCGCGAGGCAAUGGACCAGGUGGCAGACGAAUGAGUAGUCCUCCUCCACCAGCUCAGUUCCGCGCCGGUGUAGGCUUCGAUACCUUCAGCAAUCCCUCCGCCAGCGACUUCAGCUUGACACUCAAUCGCAAACACCGCGAUUAUGUCUACACCAAACGAAGUAGAACCUUCCUAUGCGGCACCGACACGAACGAAUACAGCGACACAGCGCUCGAAUGGCUGAUCGACGAGCUUGUAGACGAUGGCGAUGAAGUUGUGUGCCUGCGAGUCGUGGAGAAAGAUAGCAAGGAAGCAACGAGAUGGUCAGGCGGUCAAGGCGAGAAAGGGUACCGACGUGAAGCACAACGCUUCCUCGAAGAAAUCGAGAAGAAGAACACAGAAGAUCGCGCAAUCAGCUUGGUACUCGAAUUCAGCAUUGGAAAGGUACAUGAUACCAUCCAACAAAUGAUCCGAAUAUACGAGCCCGCGAUUCUGGUGGUCGGCACACGAGGCAGGAGUCUGACAGGAUACCAAGGUCUGCUUAGUAGUGGAAGCGUCAGCAAGUAUUGUCUGCAGUACUCGCCUGUGCCGGUUAUUGUUGUCAGGCCCAGCAGUUCGCGGGAGAAGAAGAAGCGGAAGCGACUUCAGGACCCUUCGAGGAGUGGAUACAGAGACAUUCUGGAUAAGAGCGAGGACGCUUCACGAGGGCGAGGCGGGCAUCUACUGGAUGCGAAUAACCGCCUCAGUAUCAUGGGCUCUGAUCUGGGGGCGCUUGGCGAAUUCAGCUCCGCUGGUGGUGACCCCGAUGACGAGGCACGAAGAGUCGCCGAAGCCAUUGGCUAUAGCCGUGGUGGAGAGUUCUCCAACAAUGCCCGUGGGACUUCGCUUUCACGCGUCACCUCUGCACGCAGCGAGACGAGCGAAGUCUCCUCGCCUCCCGGCCGCUUGUUAAAGUCACCCGAGCUCGGUGUAGUAGACAGUCCGCCUGGCAGCGACGACGAAGACGAUCUUGACGAGGAAGAGCUCGGGCAAUUACAGGAAAUCAGACCGGAAGACGAAGCGGCCUGGCUUGCGUACGAGCGCGCUGUCAAGGAAGCGCAGGAAGUGCAGCAGGAGGCAGAAAAGAGAGCAGAUCGAGAGGCGAGACUUGCACAGGUCGGCAGAGGCACGAGUCGGAACAGGAGAGGGGGUGACGAGGAAGAGGAGGGUGGAGGAGGCGCGGCAGUGUUGGAUAUCUUUGAGAAGUUGAAUCGGGGCAUGAAGAGCUAA